CCCAUCGGCCGACGUCGGCACACGGGCUUCUGGCUAUUUGCAGAGCCUCUUCCUCCCCCAGACUCACGGCUCGAACAGCAAAAGGCGGCGCCCCAACAAAUACGUCCUCAGAGACACCAUUCUCUCGUUUUCAGUUGAAUUCCGACACCUCGGACAUAUCCUCUUCGGGAAGAGCCCUUCGUCCAGCCUUAUCGCCUCCUCCUUCACCGCGAGCGCUCCUUCGCACGAUUUCUACCAGGGAAAGCGAGAAAAAAAUAGAAAGAAAAUGUCCACGACCUUGGGCGCCUUCAUCGCCGGCGGCAUAGCGGCCUGCGGCGCCGUCACGGCCACGCACCCGUUUGAGACGGUCAAGAUUCGAAUGCAACUGCAGGGCGAACUCCAGACAAAGACGGCGUCGCCGCACCACUACCGCGGCCCGAUCCACGGCGUGGGCGUCAUUGUGCGCAACGAGGGCCUGCGCGGCAUCUACCGCGGUAUUGGCUGCGCGUACGUGUACCAGAUCCUCCUCAACGGAUGCCGUCUGGGCUUCUACGAGCCGAUGCGCGCGCGCCUGUCCAAACUGAUUUACAGCGACGCCAAGACGCAGAGCCUGGGUGUCAACAUGUUCUGCGGCGCCAGCUCCGGCGUCAUCGGUGCCGCCGCCGGAAGCCCCUUCUUCCUAGUCAAGACUCGUCUGCAGAGCUACUCUCCGUUUCUGCCCGUCGGCACGCAGCACAUGUACCGCAAUGCCUUUGACGGCCUGUCGCAGAUUUAUAAGGGCGAGGGCAUCCGCGGCCUGUACAGAGGUGUCGGUGCUGCGAUGAUCCGCACUGGCUUUGGUAGCUCCGUACAGCUGCCCACGUACUUCUUGGCCAAGAGACGUCUGCAGAAGCAUGUUGGCAUGGAAGAAGGCCCUGCUCUGCACCUGGCCAGCAGUGCUGUUAGUGGUUUUGUUGUUUGUGUGUUUAUGCAUCCUCCUGACACCAUCAUGUCCCGCCUGUAUAACCAAAACGGAAACCUCUACAAGGGCGUCCUCGACUGCCUGGGCAAGACGAUCCGAACCGAAGGCGUAUUCGCCAUCUACAAGGGCUUCCUCCCCCACCUUGCGCGUAUCCUGCCGCAUACCAUCCUGACUCUGUCUCUUGCGGAGCAGACUAACAAGCUGAUGCGCAAGGUCGAGGGCAAGCUUCUGCCUGCUUUUGAGAGCAAGAGCCAAAUCUAAAGAGCAUCUGCUCUAAAGACUUUCAGAGUCGAACACGAAAUGGGGUAAUUGAGGGCAGCCUUUCCCAGGCGUAAUAUUGCCUGUCUGGUGAGGAGGAUAUUUUGGGCUUGCAUUUGCUCACACAGGAGCUUCUUCUUCUUUCUUUUCUUUUACAAGCGUCACAUGGAGCAUAUAUAUAGAGUGUACAUGGUGCGACGGGGGAUGGAGAACAAAAACAAGGAUACAGGAGUUAUUUUUCACAUUUUUCUAGUUUUGAGUAUAGAAAGAUAUCUAUGUACAUUGAGCCGAGAGGCUACAUCUAUCUUAUCUUUGGCUUCAUAAGUUCGUGAAAUGGGGUAUAUACAAAAGAUGAUAAAAAAUCAAAAUGCUUUUUAAAGAGUUUGGGAAGCGCUUAGCCGUAGACGGAGCGCUUGCAUCCAUAGCACAGCUUCUCGCCGUGGUGAUCCUCGUCGCCUAGCUCGCCGGCCCAUCGUGAAUCACCCUUUUCAUCGAGUGUCAGACCACACAAGCCGCAAAACUCGGAGCCGCUAAUGGGCUCUAGCUUGCCUGUUGUGCGGACGACGUUGGUCACAAUACCGGCAUACGGGCCCUCGACACCCUCAAAGUAUCGCUGCAUGACCUCCUCAAUGCUGACAUCCUUGUGUGAUACGACGGCUCCUUGCUUCUCAUCAACCUUCAUGUCCUGUAGCGCAGGUACCAAAUCCAUAUACUUGAGAAGCUCAUUCUUGAGAACCUCACGAAGCGGGUAAUGCACAGGGAAGUCCAGUCGAGAAGUCUCCUUGCCAUCUUCAUAUGUGCAUACCGUCAUUGGCCCGUCAUUGACCUGGGCAGGGACGGAAAAUCCGCGACCAUUAGCCACUUCAGCGAGUGUUAGAGCCGCCAGGGCUGUAGUGCUAUGGGCAAGCAACAGUGUACUGUAGUUAUUCUCCAGGGCAACAGAGAUGAGCAAGUGGCGAAUGAGUAUGCGGAGGACAUCUGCGCGGGACGUUAUCGACGGCAGCGCAUUGAACAUGCCGCUCAGCUUCUGCUGCGGCGACAAUGAUUCAUCUUGUGGAACUGGAAGAAGCGUCCAGUUUAUCGAGGAGAGGCCCAUGGCGCGGCUGACGUGCACGCAUUCAAAUGUGAUGUGGGGGAACUUUGCUCUAAACUCGUCCAUUUUCUUAGCAGCCUGCUCGCUGACCUGGCCGUCUGGUGACUCAGUCGUGUCAAUGUGAACAACAUGAGGCUCAAACGGCGACGAGGCCUUCUUGCUGGCGUGGUAGUCUGCGCUAGUGUCGAGGAUGGCAGCCAUCACAGUGGACGACGGUCCAAACGAGAGACCGGCGAGGUAGCGGCGGGGUUCGAGGUCGCGCGAGUUCUUCUUGUCCUUGUUGAGAAUACCAAGGCGGCGGCGCAUCUUGGAGUCGACAUGUUCAAUAUAGCAUUCUCUGCGGUGGUGUGUCA